CUGAUUCAAAAGUUGUGCUACUUGAAUCAAAUCAGCAUCUCUUAUUGACUAGUGUUCUAAUUCUACUGUAACACUAAGAUUCUGGCUUACAAGUCAACAUUGACGUAAACAAAAAGAAAGAAACUUUUGUAUAACUAAGAAGAUUUACUCAAUACCUAAUGGCUGCAAAUACUACGGGUACACCCCACUCGAAUAGUAGUGCUCGAAGAAAAAAUCGAAUGAAAGCUCCAUUUGGAGAUGAAGAUAUACAAAUUGUAUUUGCUUUACCCGGUGGAAAUGAUCACUUUCAGCGACGCGCAUCACUUAGUAGAAAAACUGCAUUCAUAUACGAUGAACGUAUGUUACUGCAUAAGAAUAAAUGGUUUCCUAAUUUUGUCGAAUGUCCUGAACGACUGUCUACUGCCUUGGAUAAAUGUACAACGUAUGGAUUAUUGUCACGCUGUUUAAUUAUAAAUCCUGAACCAGCAAAUGAUGAAAUGCUUUCACGUUUUCAUAACAUGGAAUACAUUGAACAAAUUAAGCGUACUACAUCAAUGCCUGAGAAUGAGUUGAAAGAGUUAAGCGCUACCUUGGAUUCUGUUUAUUUCAAUGAGCACACUGAUUUAUCCGCAAGAUUAUCUGUUGGAUCAUGGAUACAAGCAGUGGAUUUAGUUCAUCGUGGAGAUGUUAGAAAUGCUUUCUGUUUAGUCAGACCCCCAGGUCAUCAUGCAUUGGAGAAUGAAGCUUGUGGAUUUUGUAUAUUCAACAAUGUGGUGAUUGCAGCUCAAUAUGCUAUGGAUCAAUUGAAUUAUAAUCGUAUACUCAUUGUUGAUUGGGAUGUUCAUCACGGGAAUACUACUCAGUAUGCCUUCUACGAUAAUCCAAAAGUCCUAUUCAUAUCUAUUCAUCGUUAUGAUAAUGGUCAGUUUUGGCCUAAUCUACGUGAGUCGAAUUAUGACUUCAUUGGUACUGGUCGUGGUCGUGGUUAUAAUGUGAAUAUUUCACUAAAUGAGAAAGAUGUCGGGGAUUCAGAUUAUCUAACUAUAUUUCAUCGCAUUAUACUUCCUUUAGCCUAUGAGUUCGAUCCUGAAUUAGUGCUUAUUUCUGCUGGAUAUGAUUCUGCAUUUGGUUGUCCCCUGGGUGAAUUGAAUCUUAGCCCUUCUUUAUAUGCUCAUUUAACGCAUAAGUUGAUGGCUCUUGCUGAAGGAAAAGUUAUUGUCGGUUUAGAAGGUGGUUAUUAUUUGGAUUCAUUAGGUGAAUCAGUUGGUCAUACUUUAUCCGCUUUACUUGGUGAUCCGAUGCCAUCUUUAGAACCAAUGAAACCAAUUAAUCCAAGUGUUCUACAGACAAUAUCGAAUUGUGUAUCUACGCUAAGUUUUCGAUGGAAAUCAUUACAUUUAUAUCCAGUGUCGAGUAUUAUCCCAUUCCCUGAUAUAAGUCAUUUAAAAUUGCAAAGUUGGUUCGAUAUAAAAGUACCAAAUUUUGAACCAACAGACAGAGGUCAUAAACCUGAAGAUAAGGCAAAAAUUGAUGCGAAAUUAGAACACUUAAAGUCUACACAUCCUGUAGCGUGUAAUACUAAAAUAUCUGGUACUUGUCUAGUUUAUGAUAGCAGAAUGGAAAAUCAUAAAAAUGAAGAAGAUCGUACUCAUCCUGAAAUGCCAAAUCGUAUAAGAUAUGCUUAUGAAAUGUUAGAUGAACUUGGUCUGUCACGUCGGUGUAAACGUAUUGAAGCCCGUUAUGCUACUCAAGCUGAAUUAUUACGUGUUCAUACAGAAGAUUAUGUCAAUAGAAUAGCUGCAACAGCAAGUAUGGAUCAGUCAACAUUGAAUGAUUUAGGCGCUGUAGAAGAUUCAAUUUUUUUCAAUCGCCAUACUUAUGAUAGUGCUCGUUUGGCAAGUGGUUCCGUCAUCGCUGUUGUGGAUGAAGUGUGUUCAGGUGGUAGUUUAAAUGGCGUGGCGGUAAUUCGUCCACCUGGUCAUCAUGCAUUUAAAGAUGGUUGUAUGGGAUUUUGUUUUUUUAAUAAUAUUGCUGUCGGCGCUAGACAUGCACAACAAGUACAUGGAUUGGAAAGAAUUGCAAUUAUCGAUUGGGAUGUUCAUCAUGGAAAUGGGACAGCGAAGAUUUUCGAAGAUGAUCCAAAUAUUUUAUACAUUUCAGUGCAUCGUUUUGAUAAUGGUCGAUUUUUCCCAAAUACCGACUUUAGUUCAGCUCAAUUUUGUGGUCUAGAUGAAGGUUUAGGUCGUACAGUACAUGUGGCAUGGAAUGGGAGACAUGUUAAAGACGGGGAAUAUAUUAUUGUCUUUAAUAAUAUCAUCAUUCCAAUACUGUAUGAAUUUAGACCACAGUUGAUUUUAGUCUCUGCUGGUUUUGAUGCUGUUCGUGGUGAUAGACUGGGUGGAUUAGGCGUGUCUCCAGAAUGCUUCGGUCAUCUCACCCACUUGCUGAUGACAGUUGCCCAUUUAAAUCCAUCGGCGUAUACAUUAAAUCAACAAAAAGAAAGCCAAACUGCUACUACUGCUCCUGCUACUACUAGUAGUAGUAGUAUUGCAACACCUUCCACAAACGCAGUUAGACAAACACGUCAACGUAUACAUCAAGAGAAAUCAGCUUCGUAUUCUGGUGGUGUAAUUAUUGCCCUCGAAGGGGGAUAUCAAUUAUCGGGUACAGCUGAAUCGCUGUGUCAUUGUGUCUCUGUUCUACUCGGAGAUAGUUGUCCACGUUUAGCAGCUAAUCUAUCAGCUUCUGAAAAAGGCUGUAAAGCUAUUCGACAAGCAAUUGAAAUACAUGAAAAAUACUGGAAUAUGCUUAAAGGGUUUGAUCCAGUUGAUUAUUUUUGUGAUCCAGAUUCAAUUCGUCGUAUGGUGAGUUCUAGGCAUACACGACAAAAUCCUCAGAAUAAUAUUUCUCCGAAUGAAACUGAUCUAAUCCUUCACUCCCAGUUGGACGACUUGAGCUUAGAUGAUGGUGUUCUCACUACACCAACGUGUAAUGACUUUUCACAUCUUCGUAAUACACCGCUGUCUUUAGCUGUCAGUGAACAAGCCGGUGUUGGUGGCGGUGUUGUCACCGGAUCAACAUCGAUCGCUUCAAAUAGUGGUGGUACAAUUAUCCGACCCGACGUGAAUCCUCCACGUAGUGAAGUUUCGACAACACAUCAUACUGCAACUGUUGGCCAGAGGUUAUCUACUAGUGUAGCAGCACCUUCAUCGUCUGGUACACUUCAAGGUGCUGGUACUAUACCGUAUUUAAUUGAAGAAUUAUCAAAUUUAAGAGUUAGUUAUCCAGCUACUGAUACAAGUGACAGGUCAAGUUUAGCCUCAGAACUUGUUCAUACACCACAAAUACAACAUUAUCAACCAGAAGCAUUAAAUGCUGGCGGUUCAGUAAAUGUAGAAAGAAAUCCUAAUGGAACUCAACAACAACCGUCAACUUCAAAUGGAUUCGCUGCAGCGACAACUGUACACGAUUUAAUGAAUUUAACUGAUAUCACUUCAGAAGAUAUUCAUGAUUUCUUUGGACUACCAAGUUCACAUCAACUACCAUCUCGUCUGUUUGCUGUCACUCCACUAAGCUGGUGUCCACAUUUAGCCUCAGUACAAAAUAAUCCUACUUGGGAACCGGAUAUUCACACGUUAUGCAGACGUUGUGAUAAUCAUAGCGAGAAUUGGGUCUGUUUAUCUUGUUAUGCGGUUUAUUGUGGUCGUUAUGCUAAUUCGCAUAUGAUUGAACACUUUUCGUCAUCACGACAUCCUAUUGUCCUUAGUUAUGCUGAUCUAUCGUCAUGGUGUUAUGAAUGUGAAUCUUAUGUACAUAAUGAGGCAUUACUGGAUAUGAAGCGAGCAGCGCAUCGAGCAAAAUUUGGUAUGGAAAUGCCAGGCUCUUAAAUUGUUUGCUUUUUUCUCCCCGCCAAUCCCAUCCUUUUGGUGAUGCCUUCUUUUACACACCGGUGUGUGUGUGUGCGUUUGUGCUUACUCGUGAGUGAGUGAAUGGUGACUGUGUAAAUCCGUGUUGUGAAUUACUCUAUUCUUUAAACGAAACAAACUAUACACUACACAGAGACUGUCUCAUUCUUAUUGUUACCAUUACUGUUCUCUUUUUCUCUUUCCUCCCAGCGGAUCUCUCUGUUGUUCUGCUUCGUCUUUAUUAUUAUAAUUUCAGGUGUUUUAUGAUCUCCAGAUCUAUCUACACUUGUAGGAAUAUUUCAAUCUUGGAUCUCUUCAAUCCUUCGCUGUCUCUAUCCCCCUUUCUCAUCACCAUCAUCAUCACCGACGGUAGGGCCGUCAGAUCUCAGGUCCAAUCUCUUCCCCCUCCCCUCUUCGAUUGAACUAUCGUAUACACUCCACAUAUCAACUGCUCACUCACUCACACGCACACACACAAUGUAUCCUGUUGUUAUUGUUCUCGUGUUUCUGUCGUCCUUUUUUUCUAUUUUGUAACUUCAAUAGUGUGUGUGGGGGGGAGUGUAUGUUAUCAGUAAGCACACACAGUGUGUUUCAAUCUAUUGUCUACCAAAGUUCGUUUUUCUAGAAAAGAAAUAUUGUAAAAGAGCUUUGAAACAAAGAGAAACCUUUUUUUCCUUAUAUAUGUGUGAAUUGAGAAAUCAAAAAGAUGAAUACUAUCUCUGAUU